UUCAAGUGCGCGGAGGGGCGCGGGUCCCCACUCGGCGCCAGCGGCCUCCGCGCGGUCGCCCGAGGGUCCAGCGCACUGAGCCGGGCUCCCCGGCCCGGCGCGUCCAGGCACUCGUGUGCGAGUUUGUGCGAGCGCGUGCGAGCGCGGCCCGGGGCGGGGCCCGCCCAGAGGAGGCGCCCGGACCAUGGUCACCCUCGGCUGAGUUUCCGGCGGCGACUUUGAUUAUUGGCAAAUAAUCACCAUAACAAUACCGAACCCCGGGGCUUGCCGCCGCCGCGCCAGGACUCCGCGAGCCCGCACCCGGCCGCGCCACCCGCCGCCCGGCCCCGCUCGCCAGCCCCAGACGAGCCGAUGGAAAAAUCCAAAAAUUUCCGCAUCGAUGCGCUGCUGGCCGUGGACCCCCCGCGAUCAGCCUCGGCGCAGACCGCGCCGCUGGCCCUGGUCACGUCGCUCGCGGCCGCCGCGUCCGGCCCAGGAGGCGGCGGCGGCGGCGGGGCUAGCGGCGGGGCGAGCGGCGGCUGCAGCCCCGCGUCCUCGGAGCCGCCCGCGGCGCCCGCCGACCGUCUGCACGCAGAGAGCCCCUCGCCGCCGCGCCUGCUGGCCGCGCACUGCGCGCUGCUGCCCAAGCGCUUCCUGGGCGCGGGCGGCGCGGGCGGAGGCGCGGGCGGCGCGGGCGGCGCGGGCGGCGGGCCCGGGGGCCCCCACCACCACGCGCACCCUGGCGCCGCGGCCGCCGCCGCCGCCGCCGCCGCUGCCGCCGCCGCCGCGGGGGGCCUGGCGCUGGGGCUGCACCCCGGGGGCGCGCAGGGCGGCGCGGGACUCCCCGCGCAGGCGGCGCUCUACGGCCACCCGGUCUACGGCUACUCGGCGGCGGCGGCGGCGGCCGCGCUGGCCGGCCAGCACCCGGCGCUCUCCUACUCCUACCCGCAGGUGCAGGGCGCGCACGCUGCGCACCCCGCCGACCCCAUCAAGCUGGGCGCCGGCACCUUCCAGCUGGACCAGUGGCUGCGUGCGUCCACCGCGGGCAUGAUCCUGCCCAAGAUGCCCGAUUUUAACUCCCAGGCACAAUCCAGCCUGCUGGGGAAGUGCCGCAGGCCACGCACGGCCUUCACAAGCCAGCAGCUGCUCGAGCUGGAGCACCAGUUCAAGCUCAACAAGUACCUGUCACGGCCCAAGCGCUUCGAGGUGGCCACGUCGCUGAUGCUCACGGAGACCCAGGUGAAGAUCUGGUUCCAGAACCGGCGCAUGAAGUGGAAACGCAGCAAAAAGGCCAAGGAGCAGGCAGCGCAGGAGGCCGAGAAGCAGAAGGGGGGCGGGGGCGCCAGCAAAGGUGGCGGCACAGAGGACAAGGGAGAGGAGGAGCUGCUGGGGCCGCCGGCGGUCGGGGACAAAGGCAGCACACGCCGCCUGCGGGACUUGAGGGACAGUGACCCCGAGGAUGACGAGGACGAUGAGGACGAGGACCACUUCCCCUACAGCAACGGCGCAAGCACGCACGCCGUCUCCUCCGACUGCUCCUCUGAGGCUGACUCGCCGCCUCCGCGGCCUGGCGGCCCGGGGCACCAGCCCCUGCCGCAGUAGGGGCCCCCGCGCCCCAGGCAGCCAGCAGCCCUGUCCAGGCCCAGCCCCGUAGGCCUGUGAGCCAGGCCACUGGCCGUCCCUCUGGGGCUGCUCUUCAAGGGACAGAGAGAGGGAGGCCCAGCGGGUUCAAACUUGAACUCCUGCUCUGUUUAAUUUCAUUUUGGUUAGUGUUGGGGGCUGUGCUUAUGAGAAGAGCUGACCAGUACCAGAGGGAGCCUCCCACCCCCUCUUCCCGAAUGGAGAAGGCGCGGACCUACAGUGUUGGACAACCUGGAAGACUUGAAACCUUCUCCAGAAUGGCCAUUCUGCUGAGUAUGGAAAAAGGGAGAAUGUUUUGUCCUCACCUAUCUUAGGGGGAACUUUAUGUCAUGAGCAUUCAAACUGCUGGAAAUCUCAAAACUGUACUGUCUUUAUUUUUGUAUAUUGUAUUUAUAUAUAUAUGAAGAAGCAUCUAAUUAUGCAUGCUAAAUUAUUAUUUAGCUUCUCCCAUCGCCCACGAUGGAAUGUAAAAUAAAUUGGUUUUUUACUGGA